AUGACGAACUUCAACAUCCAGAUCAUUUCCGACAGCGUCUGCCCUUGGUGCUACGUCGGCUACCGACGCCUCUCGCGCGCAAUCAGCACGCACAAACUCACCAACCCGCUGGACACAUUCACAAUCACCUGGUCCCCAUUCUACCUGAACGCAGCCUCGCCAGCUUACCCGGGCGUCGACAAGCGUUCUUUCUACGAGAGCAAGUUCGGCGCUGCGCGGACGGGCGCGAUCUUCGAGCGUCUUGCUGCUGUUGGAGAGGGCGAGGGCAUCAAGUUCAGUUUUGGAGGGCGCACAGGGAAGACGAGGGACUCGCAUCGGCUUAUUUGGCUUUCUGGGUUGAAGGAGAAGGAGCUUAGGGAGAGUGGGACGGUGCCUGGUGGUGAUGCGAUAGGCGGGUUACAGACGAGGGUUGUCGAGAGGCUGUUCAGGGCGUACUUUGAAGAGGAGAAGAAUAUUACUGAGCGUGGGGUGUUGGUUGAGGCUGCGGUUGGGGCGGGGCUGGAGAAGGGCGAGGUGGAGGGGUUGUUGGACUCGGAUGUUGGCGGCAAAGAGGUUGAUGGUGAGGCUGAGGGGGCCAGGAGGCAGUUCGUUACCGGUGUGCCUUAUUUCAUGGUGCAGGGGCAGUAUGCCAUUGAGGGGGCGGAUGAGCCGGAGACGUUCCUGGAGGUGUUUGGGAAGAUUAAGGGGGCCGAGCAGUGA